CGACCAGAUUUGCACAAAAUCCAUUUCUGGCUUCGAACCUCCAUGAACCCUUGGAUUACGGUUCUUUUUUACUAGUUCUUGGGCGCGCUCUCCAUCUCUGAAGUAGAAGAAGAAGAAGAGGAAGAGGAAGAACAAUGGCUUCCUUUUCGCUAACUAACCUUGAUUUGGCGACCUCUUUCCUCGGCCAAAAUCUGUCUGGUCGCCUUAAUAGGGCGAAGGGUAAACCAUUUUGCGCAUUGUUUAGGAGCCCUAAGUGUGUUUUGGAUACACCAUAUGAAGGUAAUGUCACAAAGUUCCCUCGAAUUCGUGUUUGGGAUCCAUACAAACGCCUUGGUGUAAGUACUGCUGCUUCAGAGGAAGAAAUUUGGAGUGCACGAAAUUUUCUUUUGCAGCAGUAUUCGGGUCAUGAAAGAAGUGAGGAAUCUAUAGAAGCUGCUUUUGAGAAAAUAUUGAUGGCAAGCUUCCAGCAUAGGAAAAAGACAAAGAUUAAUUUGAAAACCAGGUUGAAGAAGCAAGUAGAGGAGUCCCCACCAUGGUUUAAGAACUUGCUGAAUUUUGUAGAACUUCCUCCGACUGAUGUUAUCUUCAGAAGAUUGUUUCUUUUCGCAUUUAUGGGUGGCUGGAGUAUUAUGAACUCAGCCGAAGGUGGACCUGCUUUUCAGGUUGCAGUGUCCUUGGCGGCUUGCAUAUAUUUUCUAAACGAGAAGACUAAAAGUUUGGCUCGGGCAUCCAUUAUAGGACUUGGUUCUCUGGUGGCUGGUUGGGUAUGCGGUUCAUUGGUGGUUCCAAGUAUUCCUUCGUUUCUACUGCAGCCAACGUGGUCGCUCGAACUACUUACAUCUCUGGUAGUAUACAUCUUCUUGUUUCUGUCCUGUACUUUUCUCAAAUAGAUGUUUCUUUCUUGUUUCUGCUUAGCUUAUGAUCAGGUAGUAACUAGGAAUGGAAUGGAUUUAAUGGGAGAAUUUUGAGAUAUUAUUCAU